GAAUUUGGGAGCAGUGGUAUUGAUGAUGAGGCCGAUUUUCUGUGGGAACUUCGAGUACGAGACUCGACAGUCGGAUUUGGAGCGGUUGUUCUCCAAAUAUGGAAGAGUUGAGCGCGUUGACAUGAAAUCUGGAACAUCUACUAAGGGAAUAUGAGCUUUUAUCAUGGCUCGUCAACUUCUCUGCACUAUAAACCUCUAAUGCAGAGGCAACCUAUCUGCUUCCCUGUCUCCUACUCACAGAUGGAAACGUUCUACAUUUCUUUCACUCAAUAUUCUCUUUCACUUCCUUGAAUGCCUAAGGUUGCAAUCUCACCAAAAUGGUUAUGGUGGGAACUAACAGUGCAUCAUGCCAUGCCAACCACUAUAAUCAUAAAGGACAAUGUGUUAGUUCAUCAAGCCAUGCCUACAAUCACUAAUCAUAAGGAGAUCAAUGAGUACUAUCAUGCCAUGUCUUCUAUAUACUGAAUUCGUGCUGUGAAAUUGGUGAAGCAUGUUUAGCGAUGACAACUCAGAUCUGACUCCAUGGAUCUAAGCCUUUAUUUGCCUUCAUCAUAUUCAUCUCUUGCUUUAGUUCAUCAUGCAAGGCCUCUACAUCCUUACUUUCAUCAGAACCUUCACAAUUUAGCAGGAUUUGCAUUUGUCUAUUUUGAGGAUGAGCGAGAUGCUGAAGAUGCCAUCCGUGGUCUUGACCACAGACCAUUUGGCUAUGACAGGCGCAAAUUGUCGGUAGAAUGGGCAAGGGGGGAACGUGGCAGGCAUCAUGAUAGCAAGGCGGCAAACCAAAGACCAACUAAAACCUUGUUUGUUAUAAACUUUGAUCCUAAUCGCACUAGAGACCGCGACAUAGAACGACACUUUGAACCUUAUGGGAAGGUUCUCAAUGUCCGCAUUCGUCGGAAUUUUGCAUUUGUGCAGUUUGAAUCGCAGGAAGAAGCCACGAAAGCAUUGGAGUGCACACACAUGAGCAAGAUAUUGGACAGAGUGGUUUCUGUUGAAUAUGCUUUAAGGGAUGAUGAUGACAAGGGUGGAAGAUAUGAUAGCCCCCCAAGAAGAGAUUAUGGAAGGCGUGGUGGAGUUAGUCCUUACAGGAGGUCACCCAGUCCAGUUUAUCACAGAAGUCGACCAAGUCCUGAUUAUGGGCGUCCUAGUAGCCCUGUCUAUGAUAGGUAUAAUGGUCCGUCAUAUGAUAGGCACAGGAGUCCUGAAUAUGGGAGGUACAGAAGCAGAUCUCCCGUCCGGAGGUCAAGAACUUGAUGGAAGCAUGAGAGAAUGGAAGUUUGUGUGUUCUGCUCUAAUGUGCUAUAUAUGUAGUAAAUGAAAGCAGUACCUUUAGAUAUGUCAUUUAGAAGAACAAUCGUAACUAUUGUAUGACUUUCAGAUGUCGUUUGUUGAGUUCCUUAUGUUGGUUCGUUUAUAUGGACAACUUUAGUUCAAGUCACUCGAAAACUUGCUUGUUA